AUGAAGGUCUUCUAUGACUCGGAUUGUCUACUGCAUAAUCCACCCUAUGAAAUACUUGAUGGAAAGCAAACUCCGUACCAUGAAAGUCCAUCGAGAAUAAAUAUCAUCCGUAAUGUUCUUGCACGAGAACCGGAGAAGUUUCAAAUAUCUGAUACUCUCAACGACGAUCUGGAUUUGAAGAAAUGGACUUCGACAGUGCAUCAGCCAGAAUAUCUAGACUACCUUGAAACUGCGUAUGAUACAUGGGUCUCUGAUGGUGGAGAUGAGAUAGGUGUCUUUCCGGAGACAUUCCCCCACGUAUCGUUCGUAUCCAAAAGACCACUCGAUGCAAAAAGCCUGUCUCCAAUAGCUAGAGCUGGCCUCUACUGCUUUGAUCUAAGCAGUCCGAUAACGAAGGAAACAUUCAAAGCUAUACUCGCUUCACUGAAAGUCACGCUGAAUGCAGCGAAGACAUUGCCCUUUCUAAACCCAAAAGAGGGAGUGUUUGCACUAUGUCGACCUCCAGGACACCAUUCAGCUCCCUCCUUAAGCGGAGGCUACUGUUUCUGCAACAAUAUCGCCGUCGCUGCUCGUUUUCUCCAGUCUCUCAAUCUCAAACAAACGAAGGUGGCGAUCUUGGAUAUUGAUUAUCACCACGGCAAUGGAACUCAGGCUAUAUUCUACAACGAUCCAACGGUAUUUUAUGUCUCUCUACAUGCAGAAGGCGACUAUCCAUAUUUCUCUGGGUUUGUUUCCGAGACGGGCGAGGGAAAGGGCGAAGGGUUCAACUUGAAUAUUCCUCUACCUCGUGGAACCACUAGCAAUAAGGAAUACUUUGAAGCCUUGACUAAAGCUGUGAAUCAUAUUGAAGAUUACGAUCCUGUGUAUCUACUCGUAAGUCUAGGCGUCGACACACAUGAAGAGGACCCUAUCUCCGACUUUAAAAUCUCGACAGAGGGCUAUCUCGAAAUUGGGAGGAUUAUUUCCUCUGUGAAGAAGCCAGAGUUGUUUGUGCUCGAAGGCGGAUAUCACCUUGAAAGCAUCGGUCAGAACGGAGGGCACAAAGGACAGGAUGACGAUAGUGUAGAAGAAGAGGACGGUGGUAAGUUGUCAUCCUCUUACUGGACCAUGCACUCUGAUUAUUCCGGUUGUGCGGAACGAGAUCGUGGGAGCACUGCCAAGGUACUUAAGCAUUACACACCGUCAUUCCCAUACCCACCAUACGAUAUUCUCGACGGAAGACAAACUCCAUACCAUGAAAGUCCAUCGAGAAUAAAUAUUGUCCGGAACGUACUUGCACAAGAACCAGAGAAGUUCCAAAUUUCUGAUACUCUCGACAACGGGCUGGAUUUGAAGAAAUGGAUCUUGACAGUACACGAGCCAGACUACUUUGACUAUUUAGAAACUGCGUAUGACUCUUGGAUCUCUGAUGGAGGGCAUGAGUCAGGUGUCUUUCCAGGGGCAUUCCUUCACGUAUCGCUCUUGUCCAAAAAGCCACUUGCUGCAACAAGGAUGUCACCGAUAGCUAGAGCAGGCCUCUAUUGCUUUGGCCUAAGCGCUCCGAUUACGAAGGAUACACUCAAGUCCACGCUCACUUCAUUGCGAGUCACGUUGACUGCAGCAGAGGAACUACCUUCUCUAGAACUAGCGCAGGGAGUGUUUGCACUAUGUCAGCCUCCAGGACACCAUGCUGGUCCCUCCUUAUCCGGAGGCUACUGCUUCAUUAAUAAUAUCGCUGUUGCUGCCCAAUUUCUCCAGUCUCUCAAUUCGAACAAAUCAAAGGUUGCAAUCUUGGAUAUUGAUUAUCACCACGGCAAUGGAAGCUAUCUUUUAUGAUGAUCCAACUGUAUUAUAUGUCUCCUUGCAUGCAGAAGGCGAUUAUCCUUACUACACCGGAUUUGCAUCCGAGACUGGCGAGGGUGAGGGCGAAGGAUUCAACUUGAACAUCCCUCUACCCCGUAGAAUUACCGGGAAUAAGGAAUACUUCGAAGCAUUGACUCAAGCUGUAAGUCGUAUUCAGGAGUACGAUCCUGUGUAUCUCCUCGUAAGCCUUGGCGUCGACACGCAUGAAGGAGACCCCAUCUCCGACUUCAAGAUCUCGACAGAAGGUUAUCUCGAAAUCAGGAGGAUCAUUUCCUCUGUGAAGAGAUCAACGUUGUUUGUGCUUGAAGGUGGAUAUCACCUUGAAAGUAUCGGCCAGAACGUUAGAAAUAUACUGAGUGGAUUCCAGUCCUAAGAUUUGGAAGGAUUUAAAAAGCACUUUUGAUGUGUGCUGGUAGCCUGG